AUGUUAUUAAAAUUAGUUUUAAUCUUUUGUUUAUUAAUUUCAUUAUCAUGGGCAAUAAAUGUUGAAGUUGAAUCAUAUACAUAUUCAAAAGAUGCUGGAAUGCCAGAUAAAUUAGCACACUCAUCAAGUGUUAACGGUAGUGGUGGCAGUGGUGGCAGUGGUGGCAGUGGUGGUAGUGGUGGCAGUGGUGGUAGUGGUAGUAGUUCAAGUGGUACAUCAUCAGGUUGUGGUACAUCAUCAGGAACAGGAUAUAAUGAUGGCGAUACAACAGUAAAUGAUGGAGUAACCUAUAAAUCAUCAGAGUUAAAAAAAAACCUUCAAGAAACAGGAUGUUAUAGUACAGGCGACAAUGAUACUGGUACAGGUUCUGGUAGAAGUUCAACAACUGUUAAUGAUGGCGUUACAUAUAAAGCUACUGAUAUAUUACAAGCUAAAACAUCAACAACCUAUUAUUACUAA